CGCUGCUCAGCCGUCUGCUUCAGACAAGAGGAACAGCUUCAGCCGCUGCUUCAGCACACCGAGCGCACAAUAGACACACGGACGGAACGGGAUCUCUAUUCGGAUAAACGCGCUUUGGUAUCACUUGGAUUAUUACCGCUUCUUCUUUUCCUCUACCGUGAUACACUAAUGCUGAUCGGACACGUUAUCGAUCACCAAACGCUAGCGCCAUGAGCGGGGUUCUCAAGAGGAAGUAUGAGGAGGUGGAGGAGGACCCGUGCUACUCAUCCUCCUCUCCUUCCUCUCUCUCCUCCUCUGCCUAUUCGGAGUGGGACUCGGAUGGGGAGAGCUGCUACUCCGACACCCUGGAUUCGACCCCCAGCAACCCCAGCUCCCCAGCAACUUCCUUAAACACCCCAUCUAUCCUGAAGAAGGCCAAGCGCUCACGGCGAGGCAACGUGCAGUUUGACCAGGUUACGGUCUUCUUCUUUCCUCGCUGUCAGGGCUUCACCAGCGUGCCCAGCCGGGGAGGUUGCACCCUUGGCAUGGUGCAGAGGCACAGCGCCCAGCGCCGUUACUCAAUAGCGGAGUUUGCCAUAGCACAGCGCCACCUACGGAGAGAGAAAAUCAAAAACCGAUUGAUGGAGGAAAAACUGGAAGCUCUUAAGCUUAAGCUUACCAAAAACGGUACCCAGGAGUCCGAAGAGGCUGAUAGGCUAACUAUCGAUGACAUCCCAGAGGACGAAAUCGACCUCAGCGCAGUAAACUUGGACGACGGCUCCUUCCUGCAUCCCUACCCCUCCAAGAGAAGAUACGCCAUCCUAAAAGCCGCUGGCGUGAAGAAAAUCGAUAAAGACGAGAAGCGGCAACUGCAUGAGUUACGUACGUCGAGAGAAGACUGCGGAUGUGACUGCCAGGGCUUCUGUGAACCGGAGACCUGCAGCUGUAGUUUAGCAGGGAUCAAAUGUCAGAUGGACCAUUCAUCCUUCCCGUGUGGUUGCACUAAAGACGGCUGUGGGAACACGGCAGGCCGCAUCGAGUUCAACUCCAGCCGAGUUCAGACACACUACAUCCACACCAUCAUGAAGCUAGAGCUGGAGAAGCGUUUGGAAGAGCACACGCCAGAGAGCAAAAGCCCCUCUGAAGACCUCCCAGACUGCAGUUCCCAAAUCCACCCAGCAGAGAGCAGCUCCACGCCAGACCGGCCCACGUUUCACUUCAACUCGGAGCUGGUGGCCGUGGGAGAGAACAGCUGUAGCAGCGACAUGACCGAUUCGUCUAGUUCUUCAGGCCAGAGCGAGGACUCGGAAUCCGCCGAAAACGCUCAGAGCGAGCAGUCGCCGCUAGACGUCGACGAAAACGGACUCACGAGAAUCCUAAGCUUUAGCGACACAGACAGUGAGGACUGUUCUGUCAGAGAGCGCAACAACAACAAUUGCGACUACCAGCAGAAAAAGAGCGAAUCCGUGGGCUACGGCAUCUUCAGCGCGACAGACGACAAGCUUAGCACGUCGCAAACGGACAACAGCCGCACGGCCAUGUCUGAGCUCCUAGACGAGAACGCUAAUCAAGCUAACGCUCUUUUUCACAGCUGCUCUGUCCCCCACACGCCCUCGCCCUCCAUCGAUCAUUCGGCCAGCUACAUGGACUUGAGCCUCUCAUCCGAAUCAGACCUGGAGUUCUUUGACGGCUUUCCUUGUCUCGGACCGAGCUCGCUGUACAACUCCUUAAAGGAGUACGAACAUGUGGACAACUUCUUUCAGUUCCAGUUGCCUACUUACCCCAGCCUCCCGCAGGCCGCCGACCCGGGCACGUGUCUCCUCGAGUCUCUGAUCGGCUUGUCGGAUUCGGUCCCAGAACCUCCGGCGACUUUCACGGACAAUCAAAUGCUCGAAGAUGCCAUGAAGCUUUCCGUGAUGGAGUCUGUGAAAGUCUAACCGGGGCUCUUCUGUACAAAUGAACUAGGGGGUUGUAAAUAUAUUCUAUGUUUUGUUUCGUUUUGCUUUAUGAAUGGAGUCCCUCCAUCCCAGGAUAUCGAUAUUUGCAUUAUCUGCCUUUACGAUGUUAGCGAAGCAUUAAGUUAUUAUAACAAUCUUUAUUAUCAUUAUUGCCAUUGCUGUGGCAGCUAACAUUUCAGUUCAAAAACAAGCCUGGCCGACUGAUUUUUGAAUAUUUGUACAUAUGGCCAGGAAGGUGCAGAACUUCUCGCCUGCAUUGGUGGUAUUAUCAACAUUUACCAUUAUUAUUAUUAAUAUUAUUGCUAAGGUUAUUUAUAUGAAUCCAGAAGGGGCACCAAUGGGAGUCAUAAUGCUGAUUAUGUAUCUCAGGGACUUUUUCUAGCUUUCAGAAGCAAUGCAUUUUGACCAUCGCUGUUUUUUCAGAGAAUUUCCACCAAAACAAACAGCAUUUAAAAAAACGGCCCCCAUUUGGAGGGGCUUCCGUCUCAGUAGUUUUUCCAGAGAUGGUGGUAUGUACUUAUUUUGCAAAGCUAGAGGAAGACUCCUGUUCCACAAAACAGCUCCUUGGGAUUUUUCAAACGGUACACAAAUCCCCCCAGAGGCUCCUCAGUUAGCACUUUAUCUGUGAAAGAAAAGAAAAAAAAACAAAUGAACCAAUCAGAGCGCAGAUGGGUCAGCGUCACGUCGACUCCGACUCCGCCUCUGAAACCGAGAUUGUUUUCAUGCCAUUUUAUGGCGUCGGAUCAUCAGCACAAGGUGGAGAAAAGUGAACGUUUUUCUUUUAAUUUAUUCUACACGCCGCAGAUAUCGCGCAAUGCAACCAUGAUACCUACAUGGACCAUUAUUUCCAGUUGCUUUUAUUUAUUCUUACCGAGUUAUUUAUUUUUAUUUUCUCCGAAUGCCAGCUGAAUAUUAUCUGAGCCACACUGCGCUCUUUAGAAGUUGAAAUAAUGCAGCUCGUUCACGUUUCUCACUCACAUUAACCCGUGUGAAGCACGUCUUUACGUUUUCAGUUGUGGAGGAAGGGGGGCACCAACUGCAAAGUAUUUAAUGAUCUAUUAACUAUGAAGUAACACUUUUGGUUAAAUUAUUUCACGUAUAGCAUUUCAGCGUUAGGACUUCGGGCAAUAAAGAGUGCGUUUAACAAAAGAGAAGCUGUCUUUGUGCCUGUUAACGCGAGGAGCCGCUUGAGAUGACGCUGUGUGACUUGAUUAAAACGAGUCCGUUUCCGACGACCUUGCCUAUGAUAUAGAGAAUUAACAUUUUGUAACUAUGUAGAUUUGAGAGAAUUCUAAUCUGUUUAUUGACAAAUUAUUUUAUUAAGAAAUCCACAUCGUUCUUCGAACAUGGAAACAUUUGUAAUAUAUUAAUAGAGCUAAAUCUAGAAAUGUAUUCUGGCCGAGCAUAAAGCGGGGGUGACUACCUAAAAGAACAAAUUCAUCAAGAUUGUACUCUGACUCGUUGGGCGAACGCCACUGACAUGAAUCGUGGGUAUGAGCUCAGUAGUAUCAAAAAUGUUUUGUUGGAAAUUAAAAAAAAAAAAAAACCCAACAACCUGCAUAUAUUAUGCAACGUGUAUCAUAUGCAAAUUUGUGUUGCCCGUAUGGUUUCCACUUCACAGUGAAGUUUGUAUGUUUCUGAAUGAGCUUUGAGGAAAUGAAUCGAUGUACAUAUCUGACCAUCCGGACAUCAGCUGUCGGAGUUCUUUGACUCGAUAGGAGCAUUUGCAUGCAACACUCGUUCAUUUGUCUCAGUACUACAUGCGUUUAGAGCAAAAAACAAAAACAAAAAAACUGCACAAUCAGAAAUGUAUUUGCUUCAUUUUUGCCUUCACGUGCUGUUUUUUGAAGCUGACGGCUUCAUUCAUUCGAGUCCAGCUUUUUAUUCCCUUGUAAAGAUGUAUCACUUCAUCGCCAUGAAAUGGAAAUGAUUGGUAUUUAUUAGUCAUGAUUGAUGUAUGUUUUGAUCUCUGAUGCUUUUCAAAGUGUUUCUUACUUCUGCCUUUUUUUGUUGUAUAUAUUUUUUUUGCUUCGACGAAACUAAAGACAAAACCAAGCAGUUCUUUUAUAUUAUAUAUUUUCACGCUUAACAGUUUAAAGCUGUUCAUUUCAUUCGAGUCAUUUGACAGUAGUUUGUCCCUUCAAAAUAAAAGUCAAGCUUUUUCUUA